GCGAAGCGAACCGUUCGAACGCGCGUUUCAACACGAUUGGUCGUGAUCGUUUACGUCGGUGGCGAGGUUUUCCUGAGGGGGUACCAACGACCGCUAUUUUACAUUCGCUCGCCGGCUAAUCCAUCGCAGUACGCGUUCAACGCUUGAAGGAAGCAUCUCUGGCAGACAAGAUGUGCACACUACAAAGAAGUUUUUUGGCACUUUGCCUAAUUGCAUCAGCUAUGGCCUCACCAACUGGAUCUAAUUUGGCCCUUCAGGCUGUUAGUCAAGGCAAUAAUUUGUUCGCCCACAACUUUGUCAAGACUAUUUCGAAGGAUCAGACAGGUAAUCUGAUAUGCUCUCCUCUGAGUGCCAACAUUGCUUUGAGCAUGGCCGCUGUCGGUGCCGCUGGAACUACCGAGGCGCAGUUCAAAGAUGUUCUGAAACUUCCGAAUGAUAAGGCGCAAACUUUAAGCGGUUACCAGAAUCUUAUUGAAAUCUUGAAUAAUGUUGAGAACGUUACCUUGAAGCUCGCCAAUAAAUUGUUUGUCGCUGAGAAGUUCCCAGUGAAACCCGAAUACAAGCAGAAUCUUGUUUCACAUUAUCAUUCUGACAUCGACUCGGUAGACUUUAGUCAAAGUGCAAAUGCUGCAAACACCAUCAAUACCUGGUGCAAAGAAAAGACUAACAAUCGCAUCGACAGUAUCGUUCAGGCCGCUGAUUUGGAUCCUGGUACCGCACUAGUGUUAGCCAACGCAGUGUACUUCAAGGGAAAAUGGGCCAACGAGUUCGAUCCUAAAGACACUACCGACCGUCCAUUUCACAUUGACAGCACUAAAUCGAAAUCGGUGCCGACUAUGUACAGAAAGGGCAAUUACAAAUUCGUGGAAUUACCAGAAUACGAGGUUAAAUGCAUCGAGCUGCCAUACGCGAACAAAGAUAUCAGCAUGGUGAUUAUAUUGCCCAAUAAAAUCGAUGGUCUGAGCGCAUUGACCGAUAAACUUGAGGAAGUUACCACACAAUGCUCCGUUCGUCUUACUCAAACAUAUGAGCGUGAAGUUAAGGUGUAUUUACCUAAGUUUAAAACCGAGACUAAAUUGGAUCUAGGAAAUACUUUGUCUGAAAAGAUGGGUCUUACUCAGCCGUUCACCAAUAGCGCCGAUUUCAGUGGUAUCUCAGAUAUUCCUUUGAAGAUUGACAAAGUUGUGCAGAAGGCUUUCAUCGAGGUUAACGAGGAAGGUAGUGAAGCUGCCGCCGUCACCGCUCUUUUAUCCUUGCUACUUAGUGGACAUCGGGCUCCAACAUCGCUAGAGUUCAAAAUAGACCGACCGUUUUAUUAUUACAUUCGUUAUAAAGAAGAGACAUCGUUCGUAUCUUUGUUCGAGGGUCACGUGAUCGCGCCAAGAGUGCAGUAGAUAUUACAUAAACAGUUUUUAAUCUAUUUAAAAAUUUAAUGUUUAUAACGCACAAAUUCAUAAAAAGUUCUUGUUUCUAUCAUUCUCGUGUGAUCUCAUCAAUAUAAAUUUUUUACAUUUAAUAUAAUCUUGAUAUCUAUAACAUUUCUCAUUCUAUUUUCUAACAACAUGCAUCUAUUCAUUGGCGAUUAACAUACACGUGUAUUUAAGUUUUGAAUCAUUAGUUAUACAGGAUGCUCGAUUCAAUCUGUCUACGCUAAUAUCUCGGAAACAUAUAGAAUUAUACAAAAAAUAAAAGCCUCUUUAAUUAAAUUAUUUAAAGAUGAUUUUCUGUGUGAUAAUAUCAUACCCUCCUCCAAGUUUGAGGGCGGAAGCGAGAUCACUUUUCUCAAAUGGAAACUCUCGACAAAAAGAACACCAAUCGAUAGGUCUCGAAAAGACGAAUCCAAUGACCUAUGAUUUUAUGGAUUUGUCUUGAAUAUUACAACAAUUAAUUUUUUGUUUGCUCAAUCCGCGCCAAUAUCUGUGUCUGCGUAUUUAUUCGCGUUUGUGUGCUUUGGCGGUUUUUAUUUAAAAAAUGUAAUCUCCCCUUUUCUCCUCAAAAUCUAGUGAGGGAGAGUAUGAUAUCAUCAUGCAGAAAAUUGUCUUCAAGUAAUUCCAUUGAAGGGGUUUUUUUUUUUUAUUUUUGGUCUAAGUCUACACGUUUCCGAGUGUAUCAUGGACAGAUUGAAUGGAGCAUCCUGUAUAUCUAGCUAAUUACAAAAUUAUAUAUUAUACAGUAGAAUAAUUUGUGAGAGAUCAAGACAUAUUAAAUGCGAAGCGGCAACAAAGCAUACAUUCGUGAAAGAACGAUCAAACGAAUGGAUAAUAAGCGAUCUCAUGUAUUUUGUUCACAGUUGUCGAAAUUGCUGUUGAAUCACUGAUAGAAAUCGCAGAACCAUUAAUCUUUGACGCAAAUCGACCGUUUUAUUUUCAUAUUCGUUAUAACGAGGGAACUUCAUUCGUAUCUUUGUUUGAGGGUCGUAUGAAUAUACCAGAAUUAUAAUAGAUGGCAUUGUCGAUCUGAUAAUUUAGGGGCCGCAUUAUAGCGUUUGUGAACAAAUUUAUAAAAAGUCUGCAACAUUGACAAGAUAUACAAUUUUGUCACAACUCUUAUAUUAGCUGGACGUUUUUCUUGCGAUUUAAAACUUUCCAAAUUUUCCGAGAUUUGCUGUAAGAAAUCAUACAGAUUGUAAUAUCCGUGUAAUUGCAAUAUGUGUAGCGCUUCUUAUUUAUUUAUAAAAUGCAUACACGUGUUAUGUAUUUUAUACUCCAAAUUAUCUUCACUUUUAUAAUUAAUGUCAAUCAUUUGACAGAAUAAUUGAUAAAAUAUUAAAAUUAUGCAGUCCUUUCGAAGCUGCAAAUUUGGCAAAGCAUAUCUUUGCGGCAUGAAUAAAAGAAGCUCCGAAUAAUCAAGCGAAUAUACAACAAAAUAUAUUAUGAGCAAUCUUUUAUUCUUGUUCACAGGUGAAUUUGUGUUCCUAAUAGGAUACUUAGAAAACUGGGAAGAAUUAUUUAAUAUAAAUAAACCGUUUUAUUAUUAUAUU